AUGAUGGAUUUUGACUCUCGAUUUGGACACACCAUUACGCAGUGCAGGCAUAAAAUUCAGUAUACAUUUACGAAUGAGCUGCUCUCUGCAGAAUCACUGAACAAUGCCGGACCUACUGCUUCUGGCUAUGUCACCAAUGGCAAAUUCACGACGCUUCCGAAGAACGACCGCCUCGCCGUGUAUGGCGAUAUUGUCGCUACCGCUAUGCUCUGCCGAGACUGGUACCAUGAAAGCUCCAGCAAAGCUACCUGGACGUCAAUUCGUAACCAGUUUUUGAGCAACACCUAUCUUGCCGAAACAGGGUUCUCUCUCGGGCUAGAUCAUUGCGUCAUCAAGGACGCCGGUACAUCUUCCGUUUCGGAUAAAAUGAUGGCGAUAGCUGUGGGGGCUAUCUUAGGAGCGGUGCAUCUGGACGGCGGCGAUGACGCCUUACGCCAUGUACUGGCACAGCUUCGCAUCGUCAGCCCGACCGACCCUUUGGCUUAA